AUGGAUUACGAGGAGUUCCGGGGGCAAACGGUGCUGGUAGAGUUGGAAAAGAAGAAACUCUAUGGUGAAUUUCAGCGUUACGAUUCAAGAAUGAAGUCCAUAUUCAUAAAGAAUGUAAAGGAUUUCAACACCAUGAAAUACUACACACGCUCUGCAACAUUCCCGGUACGUGACAUCAUUAGCAUUCAUAGAUUUGCAAAUAAUUCAGAGGAUGUCAAAGAGCACAACAGUAGCAGCGAAUCCACAAUCUCGAACAGCAACAAUAUAAGUGUUGUUCUCACGGAGGAAGAAGUCCAAAAUAUUCAGAUGAUAAUUUGCAAUUUUGAGUACAUUACGCAGAUCGACAAGAAGUACUUCCAAGCAAUUGAAGAACUUAAGGCUCAAGCCUUUGUUUGUGGCAAAAUUGCCGUAGAUGUGAUUGGAGGGCGCAAAGGGAGAUUUUCACGAGGUUCCCUCCUUAUUCUUGGUUCCCCUCGAAGGAUCUACGUUGUGGAUUUAAUGAAUUUAGGCAAAAUUCCAUGUGAAGUAAAGGAACUUCUCGAAGCACGAAAACCCCAGAAAAUCAUUCACGACAGCUGUGCCCUAAACGAUUACUUUCUCAAUCACGGUAUCACAUUGUCAACUGUCAGUGAUACAUGGAUUGCUCAUACUUCCGUAACCGCAUCUACGAAAUUAAUAACUGUUAGUGAAUGCAUCGAGGAGCACUUGAAGCUACCCAUGUCAAAUCUUACGGAGAAAGAAGAGGCUUUAUUCAUGAGACGCCCAUUGGAAUUGGAACAGUGUGCCCUGGCAGCAAAACAGGUGGCUUACCUGCAUCAUCUCAAUGAAAUUCUCCAGGAAGCUCUCUUAAAGCGGUACUACAACGCCUGCCGAGCAUACCAAGAUGGCAUUUCGCAGCAUGAUGAUCCCGCUUUUGUCGCUGUUAGGGUGGGAACAAAAAAUUACCAGGAAUGGCUUCAGAAAUUUGAAUUGUUUUGAGUACAUACAUAAUUUUCCUUUCAUUUGUAUUAAUUUCAUUUUAGUAUUUCGAGGAUCGAUAAUUUUAGCUUCAAACACUUGAACCUUGAUAUUCUAUCAAAAUUAAAAAUUUUUUCCAAAUUUUCUUUCGACAAACUUGAAGUAAUUGAAAUUUCCUACACCGCGGUAGAAUUUAACACGUAUUUUUACACAAAAUUGUAAAAUCCAAUUACCUACAAUGUCCAGAAAAGUUCUCAUAGAUUUAAAAUGUUUUUUUUUUUUUUCAAUACAGUACAUGAAAACCACAAAAACUAGUCUUAACGGUUUGUAAAGUCUCUUGUAAAAUCUAUCAAACUUUUUUUUUAUUGAGUGUUUCUACUUACUAUAUUUUGCCCUUUAGUUCAUUUUGAAUUAUAUUGUUCUUAAACCAUACAAUAAAUUGAUCUAGUACAUGAACUUUAAAA